AUGCAUCAUUAUCAUUUAGCUGCUAUUUCUGGUCUAGGUCGCAUUUCUUCUAGUGUGUACGGUGUUGAUAAACGCUGUCCUUUAUUAGAUUUACCAUACUUUAAUGUUUUACAGUCUUUUCCACCAGACAUUAUGCAUGAUAUAUUAGAAGGAACAGUUCCACAAUUAGUAAAUUUAAUUUUAAUAAAAUUUAAAGCACUUGAUAUAAUUACAGUAGAACAGAUUAACACAGAGCUUAACAUUUUUGAAUUUGGCAGAUAUGACAGGAAAAACAAACCAGUACCAUUUAUUACCCGUACUGGUACGUCUAUUAACUUUGUUGGUUCAGCGUCACAGAAGUUUUGUAUGUUUCGGUUACUACCGUUUAUGAUUGGUAAUCGCAUACCAAUAUCUAAUGUGUAUUGGUUACUGUACUUGCAGCUGCGAGAUAUUGCUGAUUACGUACUUGCUCCAAAAAUUUUAAAAACUUCUUUAUCAUAUCUUCAAUUGUUAGUGGAGCACUUUUUGCAAAAUUUUAUUGAACUUUUUCCUGAUAACUUAACACCCAAGUUUCAUUUCACGCUCCAUUAUGUUCGUCUGAUUAAUGAAAAUGGACCCCUGAGAUAUUUAUGGUGCAUGCGUUUUGAAGCUAAACAUUUGUACUUCAAAAAGUUAGCUUCUUGCAUUAGAAAUUUUAAAAAUAUAGGUUUUUCUCUUGCAAAGCUACAUCAGCUGAGACAGUGUUGGGAGAUGGCAUCUUCUGAUUUUUUAAAUGAAAAGUAUGAAACAUCUAAUCUAUGUUCAGUUACCUUUGAUAGUUUAGAAACUUGUCUUCAAGAAAAGUUGCUAUCUUUUUUUUUAAAUAAUAUUAUUGAUAAAAAAGAAACAGUUUGGAAGUGUAAUGCCAUUGCAAUAAAUAGAAUCCAAUUUCAUGUUCAUGAUACCGUUAUUAUAGCUUUACUUCAUGCAGAAAAAAUUACUUUAUUUUUCAAAAUUUAUAAUAAUUUUCAAUUUCGGCAACACUGGGUAUUUUGUGGUAAGUUGCUAAUUUGUGACAAAUAUAAUGAGCACUUGCAUGCAUUCAGAGUUAUCGAAGAUGAAACUUUGUCAAUAUGCUUGCCAACAGAAGUUUGUGAUUAUCAACUUCUAGACACAUAUGCAAUACAAGAUGGCGACUCUUAUAUUACGCUCAAAUACUUGUGUUUUAAAUAA